GUAGGUGCAAAGUUUUUGAAAGAAAAGGGUUUCAAGCAUGUUUCAUUUUUAGCUGGUGAUGGUGCUCUCGAGUCAUAUCCUGCUAUGGGUAUGGCUGACGCUAUUGUGGAUCUUGUGAGUAGUGGAACGACUUUGCGUGAGAAUAAUUUGAAGGAAAUUGAAGGUGGAGUAAUUUUGGAAAGCCAGGCAACGCUUGUAGCAAGUAAGAAAUCUCUGAACAGACGUGAAGGUGUGUUAGAGAUUUCACAUGAGAUGCUUGAAAGAUUAGAGGCUCACCUCACAGCAUCUGGCAAGAUAAUGGUAACGGCAAAUAUGAGGGGCAAUAGUGCAGAAGAAGUGGCAGAGAGAGUUCUCAGCCAAACAUCAUUAUGUGGAUUACAGGGCCCAACUAUAAGUCCAGUGUAUUGCACACAGGAUGGCAAUGUUGCGGUGGACUACUAUGCUAUUAAUGUGGUAGUUCCCCAAAAAUCCCUCUACAAGUCUAUUCAACAGCUGAGAUCUAUUGGUGGCAGCGGAGUCUUGGUGUCGAAACUGACCUACAUAUUUGACGAGGAGACUCCUAGGUGGCGCAAACUUUUGUCAGAGCUGGGAAUGUGAGACUUGCUGCAAGGUCGGCCAUGCUCUCCUCUAGAAUGGACCGUCUCAGUGAGCAUCUGAAUUUAUGCUCGCUGCAGUGUGUACAUCAUACACAGAAGCGACCCGAGUUUGAAAAAAAAAACCGUAUGCAAAGUGAACUCCCAUGUGGAUUGCCUGAGGAAAUUUCGAUAUCUAGUGCCGGAUAUUGUGCUCAGCUAACGUAUUCCCUGGACAGGCAGUGGUUGGUUUAUCCCUUUUAUGUGCCACCAGUUGAUAGAGUUGGGGGUCCGGGAUGUCGGGUGUAUGUUGUUUGUGUGUGCCGGAUCUUGUACCUUUUGUUGGUGCGGCCCUGAAUAAUUUGGGCUACCUGAUAUGAUAAUAAUGAAUCCCAUUGUGGUUUGGUCUC